AUGCCUCAUGAACCACUUGUAUUUAUAAAUGUGGCAUUAAAAAAUGAACUUUCAAAUAACAUUCAGGAAAUAUUGGAAGAACCAGAGUCAGAUCUGAUGUCAUCAUCAUAUUUUCAUGAAAUAAAACAUGCAAUAUUUUAUUCUAUCACCAGCCAACCAGGCCUGUCUGGUAUAGAAUUGGGCAAUUUUUUAAUUAAAAGAGUUGUUCGAGUAUUACAUAGUGAGUUUCCAAGUAUAGAAACCUUUUCAACAUUAAGCCCCAUACCUAGAUUUCGUAAAUGGUUAAUUACAAGAAUUAAUAUAGAAAAAAAUGGUAUAUUUAUUAAUAAUGAGGAAGGUCAAAUUAAAUUUUUAAAAGUUUCUUUGAAGCAAAAUGAUUCAUCACCAUUGAAUAUUAACAAAGAAGUGUCAGAAAAGUUUAAAGAAAUUCUUAGUACAAGAGAUUGGAUCAAUGAUGAAAAAAUUUUCUUUAUGCUUGAAUAUAACUAG